AUGGAAUUUUUUGAAGACUGCGUCAUUGUAUUCGCGUUUCAGCUUCUCUUCUUUGCAGGUGGUGCUUUUUUGUUAAGCAGUUUUUUAAAAAAAAUUUCUGAAAUUCGCUACAUAUCUGUGUGACUUAUAUUCUUUGUGAUAUUUGCUUUAUCUAUAAUCAUGUUUGAACUAAUCAUUUUUGAAAUUCCCAGUGCUUUGGAAAGCAGUUCACGUCAUUUUUAUUGGCGUUUAGGGUUAACAGUUUUGCUGUUAACGGUGAUUGUCGUUAUUUCAUUGCAUAUAUUUUAUUCCAAUAUUCAUAGCGUAACUUUCGUUACUGAAAAAUGGGCACGGAUCAUAACGAUGAAUUGUUGGCUUGCUUCUCUUUAUGGUCCACGGCGAGUGCGCUAUCCAUUUCCUUUGCUUAGCGCUUCGAAUAAAAUGUAUAUAAUGGAAAAAGGGCAAUCACCAUUAACAGCCAUAAUGGUCUUAUUAUCAGGUUUUCGAACCGUCAGUUGCCCUUAUCAAAUUAUGGCAUAUUUUAAUAGGCCAGUCUCUCAAAUUGAUUUAAUAACUUUGGAAAGACGCUUGUUACUAAGAGUAGAUAUGCUUACCAAUAAAAAGAAACGUAUGGCUUUGCAAGAACAUACUCAUCAAACCAAGUCUAGAUUAUGGAACAUAUUGAGUUCCGUGAUAAAUCGGACAGAUGUAGGAGGCGAAAAUAUUACUCAACUAUGGAUGGAAAUUGACAGUUUGGAUGAGUUGUUACGCCAUAUUUUUUUAAAAGUUAAUUAUUUGAAAAAUGUGCAAGAACGUCAGAAAUGGUCAAAAACUCUAUAGGGUCGGUAUUUAAUGCUCGUGGAAAAUACUGUAUAGUUAAAAAAGUAAAAUAAUGCAUACAUACAUGUGCGCGAUCCUAUCCGAUAGUAUACAGUAAAUGUUAUAUUCCAUCGUGUGGGCAAGAAAGAUCACGUUACUCGGGGUUUGCAUUGGUGCGGUUUUGAUAUAGAUUGAGCAUUCUGGAAUCAACUCUUGGUAGGCCGUAUUGUCGUAACUUCUAUAAGGGGGUUGUUGCUAACCUUAACCAAGUUCUUUUAUCACUUUUCUUCCAGUAAAUCAUCAAAGACUUUAUUAGUUUUAAUAUUAGUUUCAAUUCUUGCAAAAAUUGUGGGCAUAUAUUUCUGCUCUUGGGCAUUAUUGAAUAUGCCUGCCCAGUAUUGUGUCAUCAUCACUCAAGUGUUUGGUAAUUAAUUCUUUAAUUUCUAUCACAGUUGGUUUAAUGUGAUAUUUCUGAUUAGCGCUCCGUCCGCUAUUAUUGUAUAUUUGUCACAGAAGCCAACAAACUAUGGUCAAUCGUCAUUACAAUGCUAUUACACAUUAAGACAAUAUUUUUAUAUUUAA